AGUGCCAUUGCCUAUUCCUAUUCGAGAUCGAUUUGACCGAUUUAUGAUUUCGUGCAUAUUUUUCUUUCAAGUUCCGAUCCGAUUCCUGUCUAUGAGUUCAUUGUUUGUAUUUGGUAAACAGUGUAUCGCAUUUGAAUUUGACUUACACCUGAUUUCGUCCGAGUGCUUUUGGAAAAGUAGUAUCAAAGAAACAUAAACAUGGCACAAAGUGUAGCUUUUUGUGGACGCGAACAAUGGAUCGCUUGGGACGAAGACAGUGUCAUCGGGCAUUCGCACAAACUUCCCGCAAGCGUCCGCUCCAUGGUGCGCGCUUCUGCCGGUAUCCCGCGGCAAAAUCUCGGUUACGGUCCGCCCACGAUAGCGGACUUCGGCAUGGCGGAGGGCGGGGCUUUGUCCCACUACAUCGACUUUGGUGACGGGCCCUCAAGGUGGAACGUGAGCAGGGACUUCGACGAGGCAAUGGAGAAGUACGACGAUGUGGAGAUUGUUGCACUGGGUUGUGAGGGAAGUUACAUCAUUGCAGGGGAGUCAGCUACCUCUCCUCGCUCUUGGAAGGGAGUUCCAGAAAACGUCGCUCAGUCGUUGAAUAACAAUACUUCGAGCCUGGACAUUGCUGCGUUGGGAGCUGGCGGCAAUUAUUUCAUUCAGUACAGCAGCGGGAGAAAUAUGUGGGGCGGAGCGAUAAGUGCGACGCUUACGGAACUUUUCGAGGAUUUGGAAGAAGAUAUUACGGACGUUGUUUUCUCAGCUUUUGACGAAGAGGCAUACUACAUUACGUUUUCAGACGGGACUGCUGAUUGGCGUGGCGGAGGAGAGAGUUUGUUCAUAGCAUUGCUGGAUGACAAAAUACAUUACUUUGACACACAGAAGAUUUUUUACGUACAUGAGACCAUAAGAGAUACAUUCAGUUGUGGAAAGUCAAUCUUCAAGACUGCAGAGGAUUUGAAAAAAGGCACCAUUUCUGUGGAAGACAUAGAGCCAAUAGAAGUAGUCAAACACAGCGACAAGUACUAUACUCUGUCGCACCGACGUUUGUGGGCCUUCAUUAAUGCAAAUCUAGUUGGGGUUCCAGUGAAAGUAGUGGAUAUGCCUGUUGGUAUGCUCAAAAAAAUAAAGAAGAAUCCAAGUAGAACCGCGGUAAGCGUUGUAUGA